AUGCUGGUUCCAGAGAAGCAAAGGCCAGAAGAGCAGUUCACUUUCGUUCACUUCCCUUCACUCACCUUGGCAAUAUUUACACCAUGAAAGCAGCAGCUGUUUGCCUGUUCUUAAUGCUGACACUGAUGUCUACCUUUAAUGUGGAGUCCAUCUCAGCUAAUACAGUUGACUGCAGUAAUCCUAAACAAUCACCAGCAGCAGAUUUGAGAUUGUGUACUAUGGAAUAUAAUCCAAUGUGUGGUUCAAAUGGGGAAACAUAUUCCAAUAAAUGUCUUUUCUGCUCUGCUGUUAGGAAAAGCAAUGACAAAAUCAAAUUUGCACAUAUGGGGGAGUGUUGAGUUAAAGCACCAACUCCAAAACGUCUUCUUCAAAUGCUUUUCUUUCCUGCUAGAAGAUGAUGCACAAGAUAUCUCUUAUUAUCAGAAGAUAAUUUUUCAGAAUGUUGGAUCUUCAAUCUUGCUUGUAGUCCUAUUACUUGUAGAAUAAAGGAAACUGCAUUGAC